UCGACACUCGUACCAAUGCAAUAGAAAGAGACAAAAAUGGCUGUGUUUAGAACACUGGUAUCACUAAUGUUCCUCUCAACCUUUCUCCAAAUAGCAGCAGCAUCAGCAAGCACCAGCGACUCACUGAAAGCCUACAAAAAGUUCAUAAAAGAUGAAUGCAAUUCAACCACUUACCCAGUAGUUUGUUACAAGUCUCUCUCACCGUACGCAUCAAAAAUCAAAAGAAACCGCGUAACACUGACGAAGCUGUCGAUUCAUGUGGCUCUAAAAGCGGCCAAGAGUGCGAAAAGCACGUUGACGAGGUUGUCGAAGGGGAAGCUGUCACACGGAGAAAGCUCGGUGGUGGGUGACUGCAGAGAGAACAUCGAGGAUACGUUGGAUCUGCUUCAACAAUCUGCGGAAGGGUUGGCACAUUUGAACGGUGCCUCCACUGCGGAUGAGAGGUUUCAAUGGGACAGCAUAAAGACCUGGGUGAGUGCUUCCAUAACAGAUGAAUCUACUUGCAUCGAUGAGUUUGAUGAAAUAAAAGUUCGUGCUUCACUGCAGAACAAGAUCAAAACCACCGUUUAUAACGUUUCUUGGUUGAUUAGCAAUUCCUUGGCACUCGUCAACAGGCUUUACUAGUAAACUAUACUCCUUCAUUGCGUCUUUCUUCUAUAUGUAUAUCACAACUGCAACCACAAUAUUUUCCUUCUUGGAAUACCUGUGCUUGCGUUGUUUCAGUGUUUCAUGAGCCACUAAGGUUAUUGUAAAAUUGUGGCUUUCAGAAUGUGAUUUCUUAUGUUAUACAUUACAUGCAUGUAUGAUGUAUAUAUACAUUAUAGUAGCUCCUUCCUUUAAAAAUAAAUAAAUAAA